CGAGCGCGGUCUCCAGGAAGUGACGGCGGGCGGCGGGCAGGGCCGCGCCCGGGGAUGGCGGAAGCGGAGGCCAAGAUGAAGCAGUUCGGGGCCGGGGCCGGGGCCGGGCUGGAGGCGGAGCGCGGCCGCUUCCCGUACUGCGUGGUGUGGACCCCGAUCCCCGUCCUCACAUGGCUCUUCCCAAUCAUCGGCCACAUGGGGAUCUGCACAUCCACCGGAGUCAUUCGGGACUUUGCGGGGCCGUACUUUGUCUCAGAAGACAACAUGGCAUUUGGGAAGCCAGUGAAGUACUGGAAACUGGAUCCCAGCAAAGUAUAUUCCACCAGUUCCAAUGCGUGGGACACGGCUGUCCACGAUGCCUCAGAGGAGUACAAGCACCGAAUGCACAACCUCUGUUGUGAUAACUGCCAUUCUCACGUAGCUCUGGCCUUAAACCUGAUGAGAUACGAUAACAGCACCUCCUGGAACAUGGUGAAACUCUGCUUCUUCUCCCUGCUCUAUGGGAAGUAUGUGAGCAUAGGGGGAUUUGUGAAGACCUGGCUGCCCUUUGUCCUCUUCCUGGGGGUGAUUGUGACCGUGGUUCUCACUCUUCAUUUGCGGUGAUGGCAGCUCUGUGGGCACCCAAAGGAAGAGACUGGGACUGAUGCAGCGAGGUGGAGGCCUGGCACUCUGGGAGGAGUUUUCCAUGGAAGGUGGCAGCUCCACUCCGUUGUAAACAGCUCCUCUUGAA